AUGGCUUUUCAUAUUCGAGCAUUUCGAGCUUCUCUAUUUGUCUCAGCCUCUCUCUCUCUCUCUCCUUCCCCGUUGCCCGUAAUUCCAAACAGCUUCCACUAG